AUGAGCAUCCGUGAUGGAGAAUGGCGACGCGUUCAGGACGCACAGGGGCGCUAUUUCUACGUCAAUCAUACGACGCGUGAGACCUCAUGGCACCUGCCGACGGAAGACCCACUACCGUCUGGUUGGGAGGAGCUUAUUGAUGGUCAAGGCCGUGUUUACUUUGUGGACCACAACACACGUACUACUACAUGGAUGGACCCACGUGUGGUGACUGCCAGACGUCGUAGCAGAGGCCAGUCGGUGCACUCAUCUCGACCUCCGUCGAAGAAUAAUAUUCCUCCGAUGGUUCCUCUUACUGCAUCAACAGGAAGAGAACGCUCGCCGACGUACCAGGAUCCAAAACGAUCUUCCAAGGGGAGCACUAAUGGUAGCGACAUUGUGAGCAAUGGAGGAUACGCCCACACAAGUGGUAAAAGCAGCAGUGGGAAUCGAUCGGCUGGAUCGUCGGUGUCAUCUGCUGUGGAAAUGGAUCAGAACCCCAUUAAACUGAGCACAUCGACUUUGCUGGAGAAGUACAGGGACGAAACCAACUUUGGAGACACGGUGGUGAUGCAACCCGCUGCGUCGACGACUCUGCCUACUGAUGUGGAGGAGUGGUUCACGGCUCAUUCAAAGGAUCUGUCACAACACACAAGUGAGAACAGGUUGUCUGAGCUCGAGAGGGAAAGUGAUGAUGCCCAUAUGGAAGAGAUCGUCAUGACACUGCCUGAAACAGCGGACAUGAAGGAGGAAGAGCCAUCUGUGGAUACGCAACAACUGAAGAAUGUUGCGUCUGCAUCAGCACCGAAUGAAGAACAGAAAGUGGUGAAUGUGAAGAAUGACAUGCAGCAACAAUUGGGUACGUCGAACAUCUUAGACGAGCGAGGCAGCAGAGUCACUGCGGGCGAUGUCCAGAUGGUAUUGCAACGCUGCUUCGCACCGACUUUUGUGCGAGACGAUGACUCGCCGGCAUGCGGGCAAUGCGGCAUGCGCUUUGGCACCUUCCGUCGCCGCCACCAUUGCCGCCUGUGUGGCAAAGUGCACUGUGCCGACUGCACGACGAACAAGGUGAAGCUACCAAUUGAGGCUCCUACGUACGAGAAAGAGCAACCUGUCUGCACGAGGUGUUUCCGAAACGUAAAAGCUGGUGAUUUCUUUAGUAUUGUGGGGUUGCGCCACAAAGUAGACGACCCUACUUCAGCUAUCGAUGAUAAAGUCGAACAGAUCAUGCAACUCGCUUUGACACUGUCUGCUGGGCGACCAGAGACUGACGGAAACAUGGGACUGCACCGCGUCGCACAGCUGAACGAUGUGGAAGCAGCUGGAGGUGUAGCAUCUUUCUGUCAGUUGCUGAAUACUGAUGUGGCGCCUUUACAGCAAGCUGCGCUGGAGAUGCUAGUGAAUCUGGUUGAGCUUGAGAAUAGUGCCGGCAACGAGCUUUCCGCCGGCGAGGCAUUCGCACAGUCGGGAGCGUGCGUACAGCUGGUGAAGGUAAUGGGAAACCAGAAAAUGGAGCAGCAGAUGGGCCGCAGUACUCGCCCGGAGGCGGAACGUAUGGCUUUGCGUCUUGUUUACCAUAUUUGCCAGUCGGCUGCUUGCCAGGCUGCUCUACGCAAGGCGGGUGGAGGUACACGCUUACUCGAGUUGCUUUCUGUUGACUCACCGUCGCCGCUGGUAAUGCGAGUAGAAGCAGCGCGUUGCCUGAACCGUUUUGUGCAGAAAAAUGCUGAGAACAUCACCGAGAUGAUUCAAACAAAGGGCGUAGCUUUAUUGUGUACUGUGCUGGGAGGCUUUAUCGAUCUGCGCACGAGUAAUGAUUUUGGCAACGACGAUAUUGAAGCGCCACGCGAUGAUUCACACGAAGUUGCGAUUGAGGCCAUUCUGAGCACGAUCUGCGAGUGUAUCCAUUUUUCAGAUAGUGGUGCUUCACAGGUCCAACGCGGUGUACAGCAGAUUCCUGCGGACAGCAUCCACUCAUUUGUGACUGCUCUGCAAAAGGGCGACCGCGUAAACCGCAUGCUGGCGUCGCAGGUUCUGAUUCAGGUAUCAAAGGAGCCAUCAUUGGUUACUAUUUUGGCCAAGGAAAAAGAAUUCAUUAAGGAAAUCAUGUGGAUGCUGAACAGCGACGAAGACUACACGGUCGCGUCAGAGAUUUUGUGUGGCCUCUGCUCGACAAUGCCAAAGCAAUCUUUGAACGAUGCUGUUUCCGUUGAAAAGGCUGAUGAUGCACACGAGGAGGUGUUGAACGUCGUUUACGACCUGGAAGUGUUUGGUUUGGUGCUGAAAAAGCUAAACGCAUGCGUGAUUGGUGAGAAUCAGCUCGUGGGUGAGAUCACGUUCCAAAGGAAUCUGCUUGGAAUUACGAAGAGUUAUAGCGCCGCGUCGGCAGCGUAUGUGGACUACAUUUGCUCGCAUAACUGCGUAACUACGCUCUCCGCCUUUUUGCUCUCGCGCAAGGAACGCCUAAUCCCGCUAUGCGCGCAGACCUUGUUGAACCUGUGCGCUUUCAACCCUAGCAUCUUCGACGAGCUCUAUGAUCGAAACGUGUCCGACUUUUUCCAUCGACUGCUGCAGACGCCUCCUGACGAAAACAGAUUGUCAGCUCUCCGUUACUUUCGGGCGCUCAUUGAGAACAAGCGUCCAUUCUCGGUUGGCGUGCUUGAUACGCUCUUCCUCAUGGCGUCUGGACGAGACGAUGUACUGAAGGCAGGUAGUCUGGAUGUGCUUGCUCAAUUAAGUGGUGUGAAGUCUAUUGAUGCGGUGUUGGAUCCGCUAGAGGUUUCUUCUACCCCUGAAAUUGGUGAGAUGGUGCGGGAACUUCAGGAGCGUGUUGUGGGUGUGGUGUAUUUUCCUGUUAUAAUGACAAUCGCGUGCUCAUCGAGCGAUAGUGAUAUGCGCGGCAAUGCUAUCAAAUGCCUUAGCUGCGCUGUUGGUGGCGGCGAGGAACUUGUUGCACGGUUGCUUGACCAAGAAAUGUUUCGUGCGUUCUGGAUGGGAUUGCGGCGGUGGAUGGACGUGCCUGCAGAUAAACUUGCUCCUGUGGAGAUGCAGUUAAACAAGGCGCUCUUGCAGCUCUUAUACUUGGUACUGAAAAUGGCGUCAUCGCGCAUUGCUUCCAUGGGAGAUGACCAAGUAAAGAAUCUUGUGACCGUCGUGACGGAGUUUAUCGUUUCACAGCCUAGUCGACUUGUCAUGGGCAUUCGUAUCAUUCGCCUUCUCAUCGCACAUGCUGUUUGGAAGGAUUCGUUUGUGGCACUGUAUGCUGUGGAAUCGAUCACGACUGGUCUAAAGUUUUUGCAAGCUCUCAUGAACGGCAUUGAGCAAUCUAGUGCGACAGCAAAAACAGACCGUGAUAAUACAGUCUUUGAUGAUUCCGUUGCCAUCCUGAAAGAGCUGAUUAAAGAAGAUGAUGAACGAGAUGCGCUUGCAAACGAUGCUGUUGUAAAUCUCGUUAUUAGUGCUGGCGUUCACAUUUCUUUGCUUGAGCUGCUUCGGGACAAUACUGUUCGGGAAAGUGUAAGAAAGACUGAAGGAGAUGCAGAGAUGAAGCAUGAAGAGAAAACUGAGGCAGGUCGUGAAUUCAUCGUAUCCCGUGCACUUGAGCUUCUGAGUCUGCUGGCACGUUCACGUCGAAUUCGAUUACUCAUUCUGGAGGCAGGUGAUGCACUGGAUGCCUUAGUGACCGCAUAUGAGGCCACAACCGAUAAUUAUACAGAUUCGUCACCUGGUCGGCAGCUGAUCGCCCAGGACCUCGGGCGUAUUCUUACUCACUUGUCUAGUGAUCCAUUAGAGUUUCGCAAGACGUUAUAUGACUACCGUACUGUUUUGCCUCGCACAAUUUUGGGCAACAUUCUCUCCUCCGUCGACAGAAUUGCUGAAAUGGCGGAAGAAAUUGUGCUCAAUCUCGUUGAGUCAGAUUUUGCUACUUGCCCGUUGUGGCUUAAUCUGAUUGAAAACGCCAACAUACAAUUGGCGUUCCGGAUAGUGGUAGUAUCGAAGCAACCGUCAGUGCAGGUCACUGCAGCCCGCAAGCUCGUUGAUAUUGUCUUUUCACACCCCGACGUCCUUAAUGAUGAAGAGUCCGGCCUAUCGAUCGAAGAAAAAAGUACGUUGGUGUCAAUGUUGAUUGGUUUCUUUGUAGACAUUGACCCGCGAACAUCCGUUGUGGGCGUUCUUGCUCUGACGCUGCUCCUUAAGAAUGGCCAACUUCUCGAUGCGGAUCAGAUGGAGAGAAUUGCUGUAGAAGGCGCGGUGUCUCUAGUUUACUGGAUGCAAAAGGGAACGGAACGGCACCAAGAGAAUGCAGUGAAAAUCUUGCACGAUGGCGUUAGUGACUUGGCCAUCUUGAAUAAGUUUUAUGAACAAUUGCAAGCCCCUUCGGUCAAGCGAGAGACUGCGUUCUUGUUGGAGUUGGGGCAGCAAUUGCUUGAUGUUGACAUUAAGACGAAUUCAGAGGGGCUGUUUAAGCGAUGCAAAUUGCUGCAAGGGCUUCUUGAGAUCACCGAUUGUGAUGCGUUGCCGAGUGAUUGUAUGGAACUUAUAGAAGAAGUGUCUGCUUAUUUGUUGGAGUUAGCGGAAGAAGAAAGCAAAGAACUCGAGCAUGCGAAGGAGGAUCCAGAAGAAACGAAGCUUAGGGAGAACUUUUUGCUGGUCAUCACUCGUUUUCUUGCAGUGUUGGUCCAGUCAAGAACAUUUCACUCUACGCUUGUGCAACAAGACGCAAUUGAAAAGUUGGCGUCUGUGCUAAACGAACAAAAGAAGGCAGCAGAACCGUUUUCGGAAGUGGUGGAUCAAACGCGUUGUCUACUGAAACAGCUUUCCAUUAACGAAGUCCCUCGGCUUGUUGCGUGCAAGGGUGUAGACAUUCUGCUAGAAACUGUGAUGAAGCAUGAGGAGAAUGAUAGCAAGGAAGACUCCGAGCGUGUGGCCGAGAUGUUGAAGACUUUCAACGCCGUUGUGGAGUGUGGAGCAGUUGGAAUAAAUGUUUUGAUGGAAACAAAAGACUUCCUCCCAAGCUUGACACGCGGCUUUGAAACGGUAUGCGGUAACCUAAGCGAGGAUCAAGCUGCAUUGACAGCGAAACUGCUUGGUGCUGGUUCUGGCGGCCGGAACACGGACUUGGAGGUUGCAUGCGGUCUCUGUCUGUUGGUAUUCCUGUUUGCCCGUCGGGGCGCUUAUCGCGAACGGAUGUUUCAAGAGACCUUGCUUAUCAAGCAUAUCGUGACAGUGAUGGAUUGGUUUCCGUCUAUUUUCGCAACCAGUGAAGACCUCGUCACUCCAGAGCUUAGGGAAAAGUUCUGCUUAAUCUUUGUAUCUGGACUUCCUUUUUUGGAAGCAGCCGUCGUGUCUGCAGAAGGAUCAUUGACAGAACUUGCGGACAAAGAUGUGUUUGUCAAAAGCGCUAUGAGCGUGUAUACCAAGACGCUUACAACUUUUGUGGAUGGCCACAAAUCGUCCGAUAUCUUUCUUGCUUCAUGCGAAGGAUUGAAAAGUUUAUUUCACAGUGACAGUGCGGUGGUUGUAUUGGGUAAUGAUGCGCAGAAAGAUUUUGAGACUCUGCUAAGGGAACACGUGUGCCGUUCGCUGAAGACUAGCAUGUACUCAAUGGAGUGCGUUGUAGCUCUGUUGGAAGUUGCAGCUGAAUCGGUUUUUGCGCGGUCGGCAGAACGUGAUAAUCAGCCUACGGAGGAGGAGCCGGCACGAAGCUCAUGGCUCGUAGCCGGUGUGCUACACGCACUUUUUCAUUGGGAAUCGUUUCGAGACGAUCUGGAUGCGUCCAUACUGUUUACACUACUGCGUCGAUUUUGCUCAUCGUCGAAGAUUCGCGGCUUCUUGUACGAGCAUGUUGACUACGAUAGGAUGGUGAAAAUUUUGGUCACCAUUGCGCAACACAGCAAGUGGCAACGCUGGCGUAAGUGUGUGUUGAGCAUGUUGACGUUGCUUGGGGGACAAGGUGCGCUAGAACAAGCCAAUCAGAUUGGUAUCUUAGACCCCGCGCCGAUGCUGCAGGCCUCAACAGCGAGCUCAUCUCGAGACUGUGGGCAAACAACAUGCGCCACGCGUUGUUUCCACUGCCGUGAAGUCGUGCAUGCUCCCGUGACAGCCAAUCUAUGUGUUGUGCCUUGCCCUUGCUGCGAGAAGUCAAUUGCGGUCGCGUCCGAUAGCUCUUUAAGAGCCGUGGACACGCUUCCUUCGGUUGUAAAGUAUAACGGUGCUAACAACGAUGAAGCUUUGUGGAGACUUUCCUCUAUCGAGAAUCACGACUUUGUCUGCAUCAACUGCAACAAUAUAUUCGAGCUUCCCGACGGCCUUGGCCCUUCGGAGAUUGUGUGCCCACAUUGUCUCCAGCUUGCGUCUGUGAAGAAGACGAACCAGUCGGUGAUUUCAGGAUGUAGCAGUGAGAAGAAAAGAUCGUCCAUGUCGUCGGUACGCUCAGUGGAAUCCGGACCAAGUUUGCCUAAGGAUCCAUUAUUAUCUGGUAUCGAUGUCCGGGACACUAAAGUUGUGAGCUGUGGCCACUGUAACAAGCACUUGAUUGUGAAAAAUGGCGCGUCUGCUGUCAAAUGCCCAUCGUGUCAUGGAGUAUCCAAGUUAUCAAGGACAACAACCCAAGAAAUGAUGCGAUGCAAGAAUUGUAACACGCUCUUAAGUCUUCCUGCGGGUGCCAGGGCGUACAAGUGUAUGAAGUGCUUGCAGACUACGCGAUUAUCGUAG